GAAGACCAGGACACGAUAAAAAACCAUCAAACAAGAAGCGGAAGAAAUAUACCGGAUUAUCAGGAAUUUUUUGAAGAAGCAACUGACGGGGAUGAAAGUUCCCUUCAAGAAAGUGAGGAGGAAACAAGAAGUGAAAAGGGAUUGAACAUUGAAGAUCUUUCAAAAGAGAAUAGUGAGAAAAAACCCGUUCUAGACGAUACGAUAACAGAUAUCUUAGGAAUCACUAUUGAUUACUCAGAUGCAACAAAAGAAAUUUUUUUGACUUGUAAAGAACAAGAUCCUAAUGGCGAUCUAAUUGACCUUCGAUUCAAUUCAUCCUUUUUCAAAAAACUUCCAAAAUCGAUAGCAAGAUCAUAUCUAGCGGAGAUGGAUAGCAUUACCGAAUCAUUGGCUCCCGUAAAUGUUCACGAAUUUCUUGUUAAAUUUUUUUCACAAAAUCUAACAGCCAAGGAGUGGAAUUACCAAAUUGAUGAUUUAAGAGCACCCGAAAAGAUAUACAUUAUGAAUAUGGCGAGAUCCCAUCAAAAAGUCACAUUAAUGGUAAUCGUGCUGAUGGAGUCGGGUAUAUGA